AUGGAAGAAAACGGUAGUGCAAACGAUUUUGAUAUAUCGCUAGAAGAAGCAGCACGAUUAAAAGACGCUUUUAAGGAUAAAAAUUUCUUGAAAUUAUUCCAAGAAUAUUUGGAAGAUGUCAAUAGUGCAGACAGUAAGCAGGCGUACGAAGAAGAAAUUAUAUCUUUGGAAAAGGAAAGAGGAUUCGAAGUUAAAUUUAUUCAUCCGGAUCCGGUUUACGUCAUGAAAUUCAUAAACGAUAAUGGAAAAAUAUUUAUAAAUAUUUGCAGAAAUCAAUAUGUAUGUGAACCAACGUUUGAAAAAAAGAAUGCAGGUACCGAAUGGAAAAUACCCGUAAUACUUUCCAAACCCAGACAAGAUGUCGAUAAAAAGAAAGCUAAAUGCACCGUUUUGGAUGUGAUGUUUCAUCCCAAAGCAAUAGAACUAGCCCAAAAAAACUCGCGCUUCAAAGGCAUCGUUGAAGACACUGCUCGCACGACAAUCCGGGAUCAGUUCGGAAUCGGUCUGAGUUCUCAAACUGCCAUCUAUCCGAAGCUGAAAUACAAAGGAAAAGCUCCCCCAGUGGUUUUGCGCAAAAGUUUGCAAAGCAAGAAGGCAGAAUAUGUUUGCGAACCGAUAGAGGAUUAUGUGAAGAACCUUUUGCCGGAAGCUAAAGAAACGAAACACGCGGUUCCACGAAACAAAGAACCCAAAUAUUGUGUAAAAUACAGAGACAUUCUGGACUUAAAAGAUUACAGUCUAAUGGGAUAUACCGACAAAACUGCACCUAAAGAAAUAAUUAUCGAAGUACAAUUACCGCAGGUACAGAGGGCAAAUGAUGUUGAACUCGAUAUAUUGGAAAGAAAAUUGACACUCAAAAGUAGCCCUGGUGUCAGUCAUUCCUAUAGUUUAGAUCUAGAUUUGAGUUAUGCCAUUGACACAAAUGCAGGAGCUGCAAAAUUUGACAAGUCCAAAAAAGUAUUAACCGUUAUUCUACCGAUUAAAGAAAGAGGUAUGCCAAAGGAAAUUUUAAGUGGGGCAAAAGAUGAAACCAUCAAAUGAACUUUCAAAAGAAUGAAAGCAUAACAUAGACAUGAAAAGAGAACAUUAAAUAUCGAAGAUAUUCAAAAUAAAAGAUAGUUCUUGAAUACAAAAUAGUAAAUUUACAACAGCUUUUAUUUUCCUCUGAAAUUACUUUAAAAUGUAUA